AUUACCAGGUAAUAUGAUUAUAUACCCAUUUAAUCGAGUUAUGUAACGCGCUCGCCUUAUUAAUAUUUAUAAUGAAUAUAAACUCCUAGGGCAUCUCGCCCAUUACCAAAAGUACUCUACAAACUAAAUCCCUCACCUUCAAUAUAUCAAAAAAAACAAAGUGCACCUACACAAAAAAAUCCUAAUUCAUCAUCUAUAAAUUCUUAUCAACACAACAAAUCCAUCUCAAAAACAAUCCCGACCCCGCACGACAAAAAUUUGCGAUUGUCGAACUCGUCCAUCAACCAUUCCCCACCCGUCACGCCACCAAUGAAUGAACAUCAGACCACCCUUUCCCGUCUCACCAUUAAUACAUCAAUCUCCGCCGUUAUCGCAAACAAUUAUUCCACACUAAUGACCCUCUACCGUCAACGGAACACUACUAAACCCGCAACUACCUACACAAACACCAGCAUGAACUUCGCUACGGCGACCGUCACGGAAAACACUCCAAGCAGAGAACAAGCGAUAGUGUUCAAUUCUAUCGACGGAAUAUCUCAGAUCGAUUACAUCAGUGGUGGCCAAACUACGACCCGCCAUCAUUUAACCCUUUCGGUACUGGCGGGACGUUUAGGUCCCGGACACUUCAAAUGUCAAUAGAAAAUAUAUUAUUCUAUAAAUUGGUAUGUUAUGGCCUGGUGGGACUUUUGAGUCCCGUUUAAAAAUGGAAAAAAUAUAUACAUACAUGUACAUCGGUAUAGAAUAUUAUUAUUAGCUCAACACAGCUAGUAUUUUUUCUUGAAACCUUAUCUAUCAAAUCAUGAUUUUGUUUUCAUUGUUAUUAUGACUGUUACUAAAUAUAACUGUUACAUGUUAUUCUAAAUCAUUGAAGUACUUCUAAAUAGUGUUAUCGAAUAUUGUUUGUGUCAAUAUAAUAUAUAUUUACGAAAAUAAUCAACAUUUUUGUCACGGGACUCAUAUAUCCCGUUAGUAUUCGACAGUUGUAAAACGGCGGGUCGUGUGUUCGUAAUAAAGUAUAAUAUAAUAUAGUCUUACGUACGUACGUCUCGUAUAUUUCGUUAUCAAUUUUUAUUGUAAAUAUAUUUUUUUCUGGAUUUUUUUUUAAAAAUGAGUAAAAAAGAUCAAGAUAUCGAAGAAUGGUUAUUAAUGGAUGUUCCGGAUGAUCCAGAAUCUGAGGACGAAUAUAAUUUAGAUGAUGGUGAUACCGAUGAGCAAGCCCAACAAGAGGUAAUUGAACUAAGUAAUUUUUUUUUGCAAAGUACAUGCAAAACCGGUGAAAAUGACGAGGAACCAUUAAUAACUGAUAAUUCGGAUGUUAUUAUUUUUGAUUUUCCGGAAUUUGACUUUUCUCAUCAAACCGAGGACGUAAGUCUAAAAACCACUAAUACACCAAGCUCUUCUAGAACUUUGAGACCACGAGUAUCAAAUUCAAAUAAUUUGUCCAAUACAUCUAUUUCUGGCCAUGUAAAACCUGAUAAUACACAAACACCAAAACAUAUCGAUAAUAAUAUUAUAGAACUUGCUGUUAAUAAUACUUUUGAUAAUACUCCAGAUCCUGUUGUAGUUAAUAGGCAGUGGCGUAAAAAAAAUGAAAUUACAGCUGCUUUACCAGAUUUUGAAAAAAGUUUAGGUUACAACCAAGUGAUGUUUGGUGACUGCAAAACGGCAACGGAUAUUUUUUUAAAACUAAUUAAUCCUAUCAUAGAAAAUAUUUUGGACCAGAGUAAUUUGUACGCAACUCAAAAAAAUAAAAAUCUCAAUCUACACGAAAAUGAAUUACUCUCUUUUUUUGGAAUUAAUUUUUGUAUGGGGUAUCAUAAACUACCUUCAUAUAAACAUUAUUGGAAGGGGGCCAAAGAUUUAAAUGUGCCAGCUAUUUCCGAAGUUAUGACAAGAGAUCGAUUUGUAGAAAUACUAUCUAAUAUUCACGUCAAUAAUAAUGAAAAUAUUCCUCAGAACAAUAAAGACAAAUUGUUCAAAUUACGUCCUAUGAUAGAUAGUUUGAACCAAAUAUUUUUGAAGUCUUCUUCUGGAACUCGUGAACUUAGUGUCGACGAGUCUAUGAUUAAAUUCAAGGGUCGCAGUACGUUAAAACAAUAUAAUCCCAUGAAACCUAUAAAAAGGGGGUAUAAAUUGUGGUGUAUUGCAGACCAGAACGGAUAUAUUAUGAAAUUUUCGGUGUACCAAGGAAAAAACGAAACGUUAGAAAAGCAGUUCGAGAACACUAAUUUGGGAGAAAGAAUUGUAUUGCAGUUGACAAAACCAUUUUGGAACGAAUCUAGACUUGUAUUUUUUGAUAACUAUUUUACAACUAUUCCACUCCUGGAAAAGUUGAAAACGCAACACACACUAGCGUGUGGUACUAUCAGACAAAAUCGUAAAGGGAUGCCACAAAAUUUCAAAAAAGAUUCUGAAAUACCUCGUGGAGAAUUUGACUAUCGAUUUUCUACUUCAGGUAUUGGAAUCUUCAAAUGGAAAGAUAACAAAGUGGUACAUAUUGCGUCAAACUAUCACGGUAACGAAAAAAUAUUUGUUGAUAGGACUAUGAAGGACGGCUCUAGAUUGAGCAUAUCGUGCCCAAAUCCAAUCAAAGACUACAACAAAUAUAUGGGUGGAGUUGAUCACGCAGACAGAUUGAGAGCAUUAUAUAACGUUGACCGUAAAUCCAAAAAAUGGUGGCUUAGGAUUUUUUGGGGACUGUUAGACAUAACUUUUGUAAAUGCGUAUGUCAUUUAUUGCGAAAUGUUUGAAAAAACGGAUGUAUUUGAUUUCCGUCGAUCAGUUGCCCUUGGUCUGAUGACAGCUCGAAAUACACCAUCAAGAAAAUCUAUAAGCCUGAAAAGGUCAGCUCCACAGACGCCAUCAAAUCGAAGAAAGAAAACUUUAUCCAACUCCAAAGACGUCAGAUUAGGCAACAGAGGUAUUCAUUGGCCAAGUUUUGGUAUAAAGAGAGGUAGAUGUGAACUUUGCAGUGUUCGAGGAGUAGAGUCCCGGCCACUUUCUUCGUGUAACCACUGCCGAGUAUUUCUAUGUUGCAAUGAAAGGAAAAAUUGUUUUGUAGAAUACCAUCAAGUUGACAUCGAAUAAUUUUAUUUUUAAAUUUAUUUACUAAACUUUUAUU